AUGUUUGGUUUUAUGACACGUCAGCUCAUGGGUUUCGCUGGUGGUCGAGUGGUUCUGGCAUUGGAGGGCGGCUAUGAUCUUGCCAGCAUUUCCGACGCUGCUGAACAAUGCGUAAAGGUACGCUCAAUUGCCGCAUACGAUCUUGAUCCUAAAGCUUGGCGGUCUGUGAUUUCAAACAUAAGCAUCCUGCCUGCAAGAGAAUGUAGAGCACUGCUUUUCUUUGAAGGAAAUGACGCGGCUAAACGAUAA